GCUUUGUAAAACUGUCAAGUCAAAAAGUAUAUAUUAAACAGAAGACAAAUAUCCCUAAUUUUCUAAUUUUGUACUUGUGUUAUGGUCAAGUAAAUAGAAUUAAAAGAAAUAAUUUAUUGUAAUUAGUAUUAAAUUAUCAAAAAUGACUACCGAGGAACAAACUAAUCAAGAAGUAACAACCGAAGAUAUAAAAAUAGCUGAAAAGUACAAGUCGGAUGCUAAUGAAUCCUUUAAAAAACAAGAUUUCAAUAAUGCAAUAGAACUAUAUACCAAAGCAAUCGAAAAGAAUCCUACUGUAGCUGUUUAUUAUGCAAACAGGAGUAUCGCAUAUCUGAAAACAGAAUGUUUUGGUUAUGCUUUAACAGAUGCUUCAAAAGCAAUAGAACUAGAUAAGUCAUAUGUUAAAGGUUAUUACCGUAGAGCUGCCGCUCAUAUGUCAUUAGGAAAGUUCAAAGAAGCCCUUAAAGACUAUGAAUAUGUUACUAAAGUAAGGCCAAAUGAUAAAGAUGCUAAAAUGAAGUAUACUGAAUGCAACAAAGUGGUUAAAAAACUAGCGUUUGAACGGGCGAUAGCUGUAGAUGACAAUAAGAAAAAUAUAGCCGAUUCAAUAAAUCUAGAUGCAAUGACUAUAGAAAAUGAAUAUACGGGGCCUGAAUUAGAAGAUGGUAAAGUCACACUUCAAUUUAUGAAAGAUUUAAUGGAACUUUAUAAAAAACAAGGAAAACUCCACCGAAAAUAUGCCUAUAAGAUAUUAUUAGAUAUAAAAGCGUAUUUCAUGAAGCAACCCACACUAGUUGAUGUACCAAUUGAAGACGACGCCAAAUUUACAGUCUGCGGAGACAUACACGGUCAAUUUUACGAUCUCAUGAACAUAUUUGAAUUGAAUGGUCUUCCGUCCGAAACGAAUCCAUAUUUAUUUAAUGGAGAUUUUGUGGAUAGGGGAUCCUUUUCAGUUGAAUGUAUUUUUACUUUAUUUGGAUUUAAAUUGUUGUAUCCUAAUCAUUUCUUCAUGUCUCGAGGGAACCACGAGAGUGCUACAAUGAAUCAGGUGUAUGGUUUCGAUGGAGAAGUUAAGUCGAAAUACACUGCUCAAAUGGCUGAUUUAUUUACAGAAGUAUAUAAUUGGCUUCCGUUAGCUCACUGCCUAAAUAAGAGAGUGCUGGUAAUGCACGGAGGUCUUUUUACCAGAGACGACGUUACAUUAGACGAAAUUAGAAAAAUUGAUAGGAAUAGACAACCUCCCGAAGAAGGACCUAUGUGUGAAUUAUUAUGGUCAGAUCCUCAACCCCAACCUGGUAGAGCACCUAGUAAAAGAGGUGUAGGUUGUCAAUUCGGACCUGAUGUUACAAAGACAUUCCUAGACUUGAAUAAACUCGAUUAUAUUAUUAGAAGUCAUGAAGUCAAAAAUGAUGGUUACGAGGUUGCUCAUAAUGGAUUGUGCAUAACAGUUUUCUCAGCUCCUAACUAUUGUGAUACUAUGGGUAAUAAAGGUGCAUUUAUUACUUUAAUGGGAAAAUCUAUGAAGCCCAUUUAUACUACUUAUGAAGCUGUGCCCCAUCCUAACGUUAAACCGAUGGCGUUUGCAAACUCUUUGUUGAAUCUUAUGUGCUAGUACCUGCCUUUUGUAGUAGAAUUGUUAGGUUACGUUUUAUUUUAGUAAUUUCCUUGAUUAAGUUAAUGACCAAACUGAUAUACGUUUUAUUAAUAAAUAAUCGCUUUCAAUCACCUACAAUCGGAUGUUUCGUCGAAAUCAUUAAAAUAUAUAUCAUGCAGGGUAUUCUGUUUUUAUGUAUUUGAAGUAUUAUGUAAGUUUCGGUCGCCUUUCAUUUCAUAGUUAAAAAAAGCAAAGUUUCCAAAAGAAUUUUCAUAUACAUAGCUCCACUACUCCCAAAAAACAACUUUUCAACUUCUCGUGAGACAAUAAUAUUUAUAAAUUAUUUAUUGAUAAAAGAAAUUGAAUUGUUUAUAUACAGUGCUUUUCAGAUAAAAGUAUCCACCUUUAAUAACUUUUGUAAUACUGGUAUUUAGAAAAAAUCCAAAAACACGUCAAUUUAUGUUGGAAGGGGCAAGCAUUAUGGCUUAUUUAAACUUACUGGAAAAGCCACCCCCUCACCCCUAGCAGCAUCCCCUUUAUUUUUUUAAAUUACUUGUCAUAUUUUUUAUGUAAAAUUUGGAUACUCCUCUUUGAGCUGAUUUCAAAAAUGUAUAAUACUUGUAGUUUAAAGUGGUUAGUUUCUGAGAUAAACAAUUUUUCUUUUAAGAGCACAAAUUUUACUUAUUUACUUUCACCUUAUUUGCCUGUACUAAAAUGGGUUGUACAACAUUUCAAACUCUUUAAUCUUUUUAACUGUGCUAUUUAUUAUGAAGUUACAAUAAGUGUUCAAAAUGAGUAACAUUCACUUCCAUACAAUGGUAUAAUCUAUUUUGAAAUGCCUCUCUGACGUUGCUUAAUACGGCUGGAUUUAAUUGUCGACAUUUAUUUUCUAUCCUCUCUCGUAAAUCAUCCAGAGAUUCUGGUUGGGUAGCAUAAACUUUUGUUUUUAAAUA